AUGCCUCCACGCGUCGGCAGCACCCGCGCGCCGCUGGCCGCCGCCGAUGCUCUUCUCCUAUCCUCGAGCCGGCCACGCACCACCACCACUCCCACCCCCUCACCGGCAUGCGCCUUUUCCACGACGCCAUGCUGCGAAAAGAGCAGCGCCGCCCGUCGGCGAAUGUUUGCGUGGAUCAAUAGCCAGAGGGGCCAGGCGCUCGCCAACAACACCGGCCCGGGCUCGCUGAGCCACCACCGAGACGUGCCGUUUCCCAACAAUCCGCUAUUUCGCAGUGAGAAGGUUGUUGGCGAUUCGACGAGGCGCCUCAUCUAUCAGCGCGCUAUGAAGGACGGACAGGCGCUCAAGGCCAUUGCGGCCGAAAUGGGUCUCGAUGUGCGUCGUGUGGCAGCCAUUGUGAGACUAAAGGAGGCACAAAAGCAGUGGACUGAUUCGGGAAAAAAGCUUGCCACACCCUACGCCAAAGCCGUCCAAGGUCUACUCCGGAAAUGGGGCUACUCGCCCGGCGAGCCCGGGCAGGUUCCGUUUGAGCCCGUCAACGACAUCCACGUGCACAGGUACACGAUGCAGCAGCUCUUUGUGCCCGUGGCUGAGUCGACCGAGUUUACCCGCGAAGAUGCGGCGGCCGCCUUUUACGACAACAUGUUGUCCGUCGACAAGCGCUCGCCGCAGACCGGCCUCAUUGACAUGGAGCGUCGAAAUGUGGCCAAGCCCGGCGAGCGCAAGGCCAACUGGCGCGCGUUUUCCGAGGCCGAGCGCCAGCGCGAGGACGAGUUUGCCCAAAAGCUGGCUGCGGAGCAUGAAGCCGAAGAGGCGGCCACGACGCGUGUCAGGUCGGAUAGGUACGAGUUUCGCUUCCGCGAGAUGAACGUGGACGACGUGGGCAAGGAUGGGCGCUCGCCUAAGGGAUUAGGAUCGCGCUAUGGUGCGCCGCACCUGGAUCGCAAGCGGGGCAUGAUCAAGAUUCCCAAGUCGGUGCCGUAG